GUAUAAAUGUACAAGUAUCAGCCAACCAUAGCAAAAUAAAAAUGAGUUUGAAAAUCAGCCUCUCUCUUGUUUUUCUCUUCUUCCUCCAAAGCCAUGCAAUCAUCUUCACAAUACAGAACAAGUGCCCCUACACCAUCUGGCCGGCCUCCAUCCCGGGCGGGGGCCGGCGCCUCGACUCGGGGCAGACGUGGACCCUGGGCCUCCCCAAAGGCCCCCACCUGACCAAAAUCUGGGCCCGCACCAACUGCAGCUUCGACGCGAGCGGCCGCGGCAGCUGCCUGACCGGCGACUGCGGCGGGGAGCUCGACUGCAAGACCCACGGCGCGCCGCCGCACACCCAGGCGGAGUACGGCCUCAACACCUUCAACCACAAGGACUACUACGACAUCUCGGUCUUGGAGGGCUUCAACGUGCCCAUGGAGUUCCGGCCCACCAACAACGGGUGCACCCGGCCCAUCCGCUGCGCGGCCGACAUCGUGGCCCAGUGCCCGGCCGCGCUGAAGGCGCCCGGGGGCUGCCACAACCCGUGCACCGUCUUCAAAACGACGCAGUAUUGCUGCCACUCAGGGGCGUGCCGGCCGACCGAUCUGUCGAGGUUUUUCAAGAUCCGGUGCCGCGACGCCUUCACGUACCCGGAGGAUGACCCCACCAGCACCUUCGAGUGCCCGCCCUCCACCAGCUAUAGCGUCGUCUUUUGCCCUUGAUUCAUUGAUUUCCAAUUUUCUUGUUUUUGUGUCACUUGAUGUCAUAUAAUAAGCUUUAUGUGCAAUUCUCUAAUGGAUCGUUUGCUACUAAAAAUACAAACAAGUAAAUUUUAAUUAA